AAUUAAUUAAUGGAUCAAUUGGAUUAGAAAUAGUUAGAAUAACUAAAGUAGUAAUAAGCAUAGAAGGAGUAGAUGGAAGAAGUGAAAAAGUCUAUAUUGACAUAGAUUUUAACACCUGAAGCAAAGCAAAGAUGUAUAUUAAUUGAGUAUUUGAAUUUUAGUGGCAAAUAUAAAAUUAGUGAAACCAGAGAAGGCAGAAUUAAUAGAAGUUUAACUUUGUUAAUGGGCAAAGUAAGGAAAGAUAACAAAUUAGUUAUCAGAGGAGGAAUUAAUAAAAUUGUUAGAAGCAGCUGAAGGAUAGAAAAAAUAAGAAACAAAAGUUACUGUAAUAUAUAGAUAUAUAAAUAAAAUAGUUUAAGAGAAGGAAAUUAUCAAGUGAUGAUGAAGAUGAUAUUUGAAUGUAUGUUAC